AUGUCAAUUGCUGCAGUAGCCCCAGUAAGCAACAAUGGAGUCUCAACGACGACGUUUCAUGAUCUCCCUGAAGAAACCACCGCUGAAAUCUUCUCAAGACUCUCUGUAAAAGACCUAAUCAAAUCAAGCUCAGUGAACAAAGCAUGGUACUCUCUUAUCAACAACCCAUCUUUUAUUUCCUCUCAAAUUCGGAAAGCUGUUAACUUUUGUGAUGAUAAUGCUGUGCUUAUAAUCCCCCCUUUUAUCUCUCACCAAAAUUACUGCUCUUUAAUCUCUGCUGAUACUUCUCGAGUUAUCGAAAAAUUCGACAUUCCCUUUGUUACCAAGAGUGGCAGUUUGAAGCUAAUUGCGCAAGUAGAUGGAAUGCUUUUGUUAACUGAUUUGCAUAUAGAUUAUGCUGCUAGGGAGUUGUAUUUGUGGAACCCUUUUGUUAGGAGACAUAGGGUUCUUGUUUCGAGUUGUUUUAAGAGGCUUUUGGAUGAUAGGGAGAAGAGUUAUUAUGUUGUCGGGAUGGGGUAUGAUAAGGGUACGGAUGAUUAUAAGGUUAUUAGGAUUGUUUACGUUCAGGAUGGAAAGGGGAAGCAGUUUGGAGAGGUGGCUCCGAAGGUUGAGGUUUAUAGUUUGAGGAAGAACACGUGGAAGAAGAUGGGGGAUUCUCGGGUUCCGAGGCUUGUUAAUGAAAUGGGGGCUUAUGUUGAUGGUAGGUACUACUGGUUGUUUGGGGAAUUUAAUGUGCCAAAUCGUGUUCCCCGUCUAUUUGGAGUUAUUGCCCCGUUUAAGCUCAUGAGUUUUGAAGGUUCACUCGCUCUUUGUACUUUGGACCCAGAUUGCUACAAUCUAGUGCCUCCCAAGUAUCCUUUUCCUAUAUGGUUGAGGAGGCAACGAAAAGGUGUAGGCUCUUGGGUUCUACUUGCUACAGCUGUGCUCAAACAAUAUGGGCAUCCUUUGAAUAUUACAAAGACUGGAACUCUUAUAGUAGAGUCAUUCCAAUCGCAGCGUCCUGAUGAAACGCACAUAGUCUCUAUUAAUUUUAAGAGCAGGAUUUCUAAAUAUCAUGGAUAUGGUAAGCACGGGGGUCCAGAUGUUUCCCGUGAAGUCCUUGCUCCAUCUACUGUAGACACCUCGUUUCCACAGAGUCUAAUCAUGUACGAGGGAGGCAAAUCACUGUUGAAAUAUGCAAAGUGA